CCUUGCAUUCUUACAUUAACCUUCAUAUUUGCCUACUCAUUUUAUAACGGAGGUGUACUGGAAUCGAAUCGCACAUGGCAUAUUUCCAUAUUUCCUGGCGUAACUUCGUAGCCGACUCCAUCCUCCAAAAUUAUGUCUUACUGCAGAGAAGAGGGUAAAGAUAAAGUGAUUUUCGUGACUGAGGAAGACCAUGCGACCCCAAGCUCUGUGACAUUGGGCGAAGAUGACGAAGAAGAAUUAGAAGGUCUGAUCACAGAAAGCGGCGAAAUAAACUGGGAUUGCCCUUGUUUGCAGGGAAUGGCAUACGGGCCUUGCGGAGAACAAUUCAAAGCAGCAUUCUCAUGCUUUCAUUACAGCGAAGCGGAUCCAAAGGGUUCUGACUGUAUUCCACAGUUUCGUGACAUGCAGGAGUGUUUUGUGAAGUUUCCUCAAAUUUAUGGAAAAGAUGAUGAAUUUGAUGAAGAAGAUGACUCGAUAAACAUGAAAUUAGAAACUGAAAAGACUAUUAAUGGACAAGAAAAUACCAUGUUGUCCGAAGAAAAUUACUCAGCGCUGGUUUCUGUUGAUAGUUCCGAUGCAAACUCAACUUCAAGCUGACCAUUCUUAUCUAAUGGCUGUUUUUAAUAGUUUGUAUUCCACAUUGGUGGGAGGAAGUUGUUGUAACAAUGUUUUUGAAUUUCACACUCCUUUGAUGCCAUCAAAAUAGUGUUGUCACACGUGUGUUCAUUUGCAAGUUUAUUAUUUAUUUAGGUACCAAGAAGUUACAAUCUCUAACGCCUUUUUCCAUGUUAGCAGUCCCCAUCCCCUAUCCAAGACUACGUGGAAAGAUGAUCAAAGGGGAUAAGAUUCUAAAGAAACUGUGGUGUGGCAUCCAAGGGGUUAUAACAAGAUAAUUUGAUUUUAUCAGUGGAGUUGGUAAUGCAAACUGGCCAUAGUAAAGAGUUUCUAAAGCUGACACUUCAAGCAUUAGCCCUAGGGGAAAAGCAAAUGGUUGGGUGACGAUACCUUGGCUUAGGGUCAGAUUGCACUAUAAAUAUUUCCUACACAUUGAGGGAUCUGCAGUGAAUAGCUUACUCAACAGGAUAUUGUGUGUCCACAGCCUUAUGCACCACCUAGCAUUUAAUUGUUUUUUUUGGAACUCACCAUGCAUGGUUGUAGUGCUGACUGUUGCAUGCAGUGCUGUGAAACUGGUGCAUACAAAAUCAGAUUGCUUUAGAUAAGCCUGGUGCAUAUGCUUUCCCAACAAGACUGUCUCAGGGAGUUGUCCACAAGCAUGAUGCCCCAUGCAGUGACAAUUAAGCAUGCCCACACAAAUUUCUUUUCAAACAAUGGUGCACCAGUGUGUCCCUCAACAGUAGUAUUCUUCUGUUGUUUGAUCUCUAAAAUGAUGUCAGUGAAGGGAGAGUGUUUUUAUAUAAACCAAAAAUUAACAUUAAUUUUAUAAAAAG